AUGAGUGCUCCAAACGAUCUCAACGGUAGUUAUUUAUUAUCCGGUAAUCCGAUCGCCUUUCUUGCAUUUCGUACAUUCACAUUUACAUGUCAAGGCCAAAUAGUAAUUUAUUUGACAAACACAAAAAUCGCUCAUUAUAUGAAGAUUCCGCCUCGUAUUGUGUUUCCAAUAUUUCUUCUAUCAUCUGCUAUUACAAGCACAAUUCAGUAUGCAACAUCAAUAUAUCUUCUUCAACAUAUACCAAAUAUAUGUACAUCUGAAAAUUCCAUAUGGAGAUGUUUAAGUAUGCAAUACAGUCUUACAACGACUAUUAUAUUUAGUCUAACUGGAUCGUUCAAUAUGUCAUCACAAUAUUCAACAGCACUUUGGGGAUUUCUUGUAGGCGCCAUAUUACCGGUACUAAGCUGGUGGUUAUGUAAGAUGUAUCCUAACAUAAAAUGGUUUAAGUUUAUUCAUUUUCCCAUGUUUUUAAUGGCUCCAUGUAUGAUUCCACCUGCUCCAGCUGCAGAAUAUCCAUCAUGGUUUUUAGUUGGAUUCUUUUUUAAUUUUGUUCUAUAUCGUUAUGCGCAUAGUUGGUGGGAGAAAUAUGCAUGCAUAUUUUCGAUUGCAAUGAGUUGUGGUGUGGCUCUACGUGGAUUCACUAUAUUUUUUACUCUUCAACUCAAUGAUGUUGAUUUUCCUGAAUGGUGGGGUCUAGGAGGACCCAAUGGCGAUGGAUGUCCUUUAGAUCUUGCGAAUUAUUCCGGGUUUAUAGCAACAAAUCGAUAUUUCUGA